UUUCCGGCACCAAAUUCUUUUUUUCAUUUUGUUGGCCUGUGUUAUUGAUGGGGAAACCUGUUACCAACAGCAUGCGUGUUUGUUCCCUUCAUUUCCAGGAUAGCGAUUAUGUUACUACAGGUUCGGUACUUCAGCACAUGAAAGCCCCUAAGCUGAAAGCUGUUCCCUGUCGAAAUUUACCAGAGAGUAAAUUUUCAAAGACAUUGAAUAGGGCCAGCAUUGCAAGACGCAAACUGAGAUUAGAAAAACGAAGAGCUUUUAGGGAUGAGCAUAUUUAUCCACGUCCCACAACUGAUGUCAUUCAUUCACAUGAGUUGCAAAGUACAGAGACACCUGAGCAGCAAAAGGUAUUUGAAAUUUCUGACUUGAAUGAAGAUGAACAAUCAGUUGUGGAGGCGUUAUUGGAUUUGCAAUUCAUCGGAAAUAAGAAUGUAGUGGAAACUCAUCAAGAUAAAGGAGUUCGAGUGCAGAGUGGUGAUCUAAGAUGGAACUUCGUAAGCACCAUUACAAGCGAUAAGCAGUUGAAUUCCUUGACUGGAAUUCCAAAUUUCGACCUGUUGAAUAAUUUCGUUGAAUUAAUUACUAAGGGUACGUACAUACCGAAGAUGCAUGGAUGA